AUGUAUGAGAAGAUGGACACUUUGUUCAGCAAUCUCAACACCAAGUAUGAUGCUGUUGCCACUCAUGUGAAGAAACUAGAGACUCAAGUCACUCAAACUAUGGAAGCUGUUAAGAGACAGGAAGCUGAAUCCAAGAAGUCCUUUUGCAACUCAGCCGCCAUAGAAGAAAGAUUUGAAGACCAAGUUCCAGAAUGGAUGCUUUCAAAACCUACUGUUGAUUGCAUGAUUUGGCCUGAAGAGAAUUACCCAGAGAGAGAGUCCAAUCGAGCUAGAAAGAGAAGACUCUUCCCAAAGAUUAUCCCCAAGACAGAUAACUCAGGAAAGUUUGCUGUGCCUUGUAUCAUCAAAGGUAACAUUCUUGAGCAAUCUUUGUGUGACACAGGAGCCAAUGUGAACAUCAUGUCUAAGAGGAUAGCUGACAAGAUAGGCCUCACCAAGAUAGCCAUCAUCCAUCUCCAUCAACUAUGCUGA